AUGAAUCGAGAGAAGGUUCAGGGGGGAGAUCUCUCAAUCGCUUCUCCGACGGCGUCUUUUGUGGCUGCCCAAACAGCGGUGAUCGUCGUGGCCGGUCCAGAAAGCAUGGACAAUCACUGCGAGAAGCGGCUCUCUACCAACGAACUGUCGGUGUUUUCCUGUCCAGGCAGUAUAGACAUACUGCAAGGGGACAGUCGAAACAACUCUCCACGUCAAGAACCGGCUCCAAUAGCAAUUCCAACGGUUCACCGGACCACCGCGUUUUCUGUUUUGGACAUUUUGGACCCAAAUAAGUUUACGAGCAAAAAGCAAAAUCCUAACCGGACCGGCAGUGAAAUCGCCUUCGGGACAGAGAACCGUGGAGGUGACGACUCGAACCAUGCUGUAGAUCAGAAAUCUUAUGCAGAAGACUAUGAAUGUAAAAAAUAUACAGCACUAAAUGAAGGGCUGGUGUACAGAUCGGACGAAUGCGAGAAUGAUUUCAACAGAGACUCCCACUCUGACAGCGAGAUGCAGGAUGACUUGUUUAGUGAAGAGAGCAGCAGUGGCCUGACUGAAAAUACCCAGGGGGAACUGGGCCACCGUGAAGACGACGACAAGGAGAGCAAGAGCCCAAGAAGUCCUGACGGACAGCAAACGCAACAGUCAGGGUCGAAUGGACAAAGUCAUCAAGGAAAACCGAAGCGAAAGCGCUCUGGCUCCGAUUCAAAGUCGGGUAAGCCACGAAGGGCCCGGACAGCAUUCACUUACGAACAACUUGUUGCACUGGAGAACAAAUUCAAGUGCACCCGAUACCUCUCCGUGUGUGAGAGGCUAAAUUUGGCACUGUCACUUAGUUUGACUGAAACUCAAGUCAAAAUCUGGUUCCAGAACCGACGGACCAAGUGGAAGAAGCAGAACCCUGGCGCAGACACCAGCGCCCCGACGGGCGGGGGGCCGAAUGGCCAGAGCAAUGGACUAGGGGGCCUGAGUCCACUCAGCCCGUCUCCUCCCAUGAGCGGCCAUCUGUCAAUGCAUACGAGCUAUGGUCACGGGCCAGGCGGGUUAGUCUGCACCACCCAAUUACCCUUUCUGCCAAGUCAUGCGGUACUGUCUCCUUUCAUGUUGGGAUCUCAGACCUACGGAGCGCCUGCGUUUUACACUUCACACCUAUAA